AUGGCGGAAGCUCGACAACCACACACUUCGUUGAAUUCUCCGCCAUCAGCUGAAAUCGCUCAUCCAAGGGACGAGAGCACCGAGACUCAACCGGCGCCCGCAGCAAAACGACGAAAAAGGGAUGAGACUGAGAGAAUACGUGUUAGUAGAGCUUGCGAUCGUUGUAAAAGAAAGAAGACAAGAUGCAGCGGAAAUCAACCUUGCAAUAUCUGCACAACUGCUGGUUUGAUCUGUGAGUUCACAGCAGCCUAUAGGCGUGGGAGAAUACCUCCAAUAACGACAGAGAAAGGACAUCUCGAACAUCUCGAAAGUAUUUCUGAAAAUGCCCCAAGUUCUACCAGUGUUGAACAAGAACACGUGAUUGAAGCCACCAAACCUUUCCCAAAUCAUCACAAUGCGUUUCAUAGCCAAUUGAGCGGAGAUUUUCCCAGUAUCCCACAUGAUGUAGCUAUAGCUGCAUCAACACUGGCCCGGCUCCAGCCUGCUAUUGUUGAGAACUCGAACCCAAUUUCGAGAAUGCAAUCAUCCCGGAACUCACCAGAGCCUCCGCAAACUGACCUCCAGGGACACUACGUGGGCCCUUCUUCUGGGGCCUCUUUUCUUUUAAGAGUGCAGAAAAAGUUACACCGAGAGAUCACACUCUCCCAGGAUUCAUCCAUAUUCACAUUUGGGGAUGCUCCCCUACCAGAAUUUGACCCUUCUUUCUUCGUACUUCCCCCAAAAUCCGACGCCGAGAAUCUUGUUGCAAGAUACUUUGAUUUCGCAGUGCCGACCCAUCGCUUUCUACAUCGCCCAACUAUUGAGCUCUGGGUACAUGAAUUCUACGAUAAUCUAGGAACUUUUCAACGGAAAAGCGGUGCCAAAGGACGAACGGCUCUUUUAUUUAUGGUUUUUGCUCAAGCAAGAGAUUACAUGCCUGGCGUUGGCAAACAGAAUGAUUUUGAUACGAGUUCCCGAUACUUCCACGCCGCUGAUCGUCAACUGACAUCUGAAACUGGAGGAGUCCUUUUAACUAGUGUGCAAGCUCGGCUGUGUCAAUGCUUCUAUCUCUUAUCACAGUCGAGGGUCAACCAUUGUUGGAGCUUAUUCGGAACCACGGCUCAUUUGAUCCUCGCUCUCGGCAUCCAUCGCAAGAGACGUUUAGAGUCUCAAAAUAAUGUGGAUAUGAUUGAACUAGAGUGCAGAAAGCGAGUUUUUUGGUGUGCAUACACACUGGACAAUUAUCUAAGUGCAGCUCUCGGAAGACCUCGAACCUUUCACGAUGAUGAUAUAGAUCAAGAACUUCCGAGUUGUGUUGAUGACUCUGAUCUUACUUCAAGACAUGUUCACGUCAAUAAGUCUAGAGCCCAGUCUAUCAUGAUGGCACCUAUCGCUCAUGGAAUGCUGUCCCAGAUAAUCAGCCAUAUUCUUCGCGAUCUUUAUUCCAUUCGUCCACCAUCUUCCACUAUUCGUCUUUCUCUAGCAGACCAGUAUUGCAAAAACCUUCAAGAGUGGCGUACGAAGUUUACUGGGUUUCUAGAUGCUAAUGGUGUAGAUACAUCUCUAUUGAUACCUCUAUUCCAACGUCAAAGAAAUGUUUUGAAUCUCUCAUAUUGGCAUGCACUGAUCUUAGUCCAUCGACCCUUCCUACUGCGAGACUUUGCCAGUCUUCAUAAAAGGAACUUGUACCAUUCUAGAGAAACUUUAAUUGGCAAUUCGAUGGACAAGAAUGUCUUCAAUUGUUUACAGGCUGCAAUGGAAAUCACUAACAUCGUUAAUCAUUUGACGGAGGCCGGACAACUGUACCAGGCAUUCUGGUUCACUCAUUAUUUCGCAUUCUGUGCGGUAGUUGUGCUAUACGUAUACACAAUACAACACCGUUGUCAUCCUCGAGAGGAAUAUAUCAAAUAUUUUGAAGCUGCUGUUCGAUGUCAUUCUCAGAUCUCGUCUAAAGCCAAAAAUGAAUCCUUGGCACAAAGAUAUAGUGUAGUGCUGGAAGAACUUAGACUCGAAGCUAUUACAUACCCUCAAGGACAAGUUAACCACGGAUCUCCUGUUACCCAGACCGAGAGCGGUUCCCAUUCAAAUCGUGAAAGUCUCGUCACUGCACCGAACGCGGCCCACGAAUAUGGGAAUGGUGGAAUUGCAGUAGCACGUUCAAUUGAUGGAGCUGAUGGCGAUUAUGUAGAGUCAAGUCCUUCUGUGACUAUGGAUCCCCUCACUGGCUGGGGCCAAUUUGAUUCUUUGGUUACUGGCGGAGUGGGUGGCUUCGACUUUAUUUCUACAGGAGAUAAAAAUGAUCAAUGGGACACGGGAAUGGGUAAUCAUUCCGGAUAUUAA